CGGCGUGUGUGUUUAUAUCUGGCCAAACACCCACCUGUCCUUAACCCAAUUUGUUGACGCACAAAAGCUGAAACCCUCUGCAGCUUGCGGAGUUUUAUUUUUAGAUUUGGAGAUGCUCGUAUCCCCUCGGCUUGCUCCGACAAACAUUAAUAAACUCAAAAAAGACGCAAGAGAAACCAAAUGGAAUCAUUGUUAGGGGAAAAAAAACAGAAAUCAAACAAAACAGGAGUCACAAUGAAAUAAAGUCGAGUUUUUGGCUGCAUUAGUGCACACUUCAGACGCAACUAAUGCGCUUGUAACUGGUUCUACUGGGAGACCGCGGAGAGCCACAGGUGGAUCUUAUUGGUCAGUCUCCGCUUCUCUGCCGUCCAUAAAAACGGCCGACAGGAGCUCCGGAGCGGAGACAGAGAGCGAGGGGCGCAGAGCAGCCGCGCCGCGGAGCGCACAGCACGGCCGCGUCUCCAGAGAAAGCAGCUGCAACCCGCAGCCAGGACUGCAUGCAGGGAAGAGGACGCCGCGCUCUCCGGUCAGCCUAGGCUCCUGAGUGAAACCUGCCCCCCCCCCCCUCCCUUCUCCCACUGUCUGGUGGGAAAAUGUGGGUUCUGGAUAAGAUCCGUGGCUCGGUGGAGACCAGUGUGCUGAGACAUGGAGAUAACGGUGACAGGAAGGCUGUGGCUCCAGCUUACAGCAAUGUGCUGACUCCAGACAAGAUCCCAGACUUUUUCAUCCCUCCAAAGCUAGUCAGCUGCCCCGCGGAGCCCGAGGCGCUCAGCAUCAAGCCCAAGGAGGGUCUGCAGCCGUCCACUUCAGAGCAAACCAUCAGCAGCAACCGGAAGAUCAGCAGUCCAAGGAGCCCUCGCCUGGUGUCCAAGAUCGCAGGAGAUACAAAGAACCUGCUGAGAGCGGCGAACCGCCACAUCAUCCAGAUAGAGAGCGCUGACGACGUGGUGGCCGGGGACACCAACGCGGACCCCCAGUCGCAGACGGCGAUGUCCCUGCCGUACGUCCCUAAGACUCAGACGUCUUACGGCUUUGCCACCCUGAAGGAGAGCCCCCACACCCGUCGCAAAGAGUCCCUGUUCCACUGCGAGCUGACCAGUCCCAUCACUUCCCCGAACGCCCAGAGGAAGGCUCCAGGCAAGGGCAGCGAGACGGGGAACCGCCUGACCCCCGCCGACUGCAACACCUCCCACAUGAACCCUUACCGCUACUUCAGCGGCGGAGAGAGCGACACCUGCUCCUCGGCGGAGUCCUCCCCCUUCAGCUCUCCGCUGCUGUCCCGCUCCGCCUCCCUUCUCAAGAUCUUCACGCACGAGACGCAGGCCAAGGUGGUGAAAGCCAAGCGGACGCUGGCCCGCCACAGCUCCCUGUCCACGGACGAGUGCAGCUCGGCCGAGCCCAGUCCCAACGUCCAGCGCCGGCUCCGCGUCCCGUCGCUCCACGGCGCCGCCGGAGCCGCGGACCACGGCCUCCAGCGGGAGCACACCAUCAACCUGCACAAGGGAGGCACGCUGCGGAUCAGCGCCCACCACGACUCCAGCACGUCGCGCCUGCUCAUCCGCGUCCUGGCGGCCGAGAGCCUGUACGACAAGCACGUCGACAUCAAGAGCAUCCACUGCUGCGUGUCCGUGUACCUGAACCCGGGCAAGCUGCAGAAGCAGAGGAGCAACAUCAUCAAGAACAGCCGCAACCCCGUCUUCAACGAGGACUUCUUCUUCGACGCCAUUAGCGCCGUUCAGGUGAAAACCCUUUCCGUGAAGUUCAAGGUGGUGAACAAGGGCACCAGCCUGAAGAGAGACACGCUGCUGGGAGAACGGGAGGUGCCACUAGUCAAGUUGCUCUCGGGACUCUAAAGCCACAAGACGGGGAGCUUAAAGGCUUCGGGGAUUUUUAAAGAGAGGUUCUGAUAAAGGUUUACAAGCAGUAAUCAUCUGACCUGCUAUAGAUAACACUCUCCGCGUCUUAAUUUAGUUUAAAUUCAGAUUAGUCGGUCGUGGAGGCUGAAGCCAAAUGCUCCUCUGAAAAGGGCCGAGACCAAAGUGGAGCUCUGCUGUCUCAAAUCAGCUCCGGUCUCCGCGGCAGUUCAUGAAAACGUGUUUUUACCCAAACGUUUACAGAGAUGUCCGUGAUUGUUUGAAUUUACGUGGGAAAUGAAGGGAGAGCCCCAGCAGAUAUUUCUGUAAAAAGCACAAGAAGAGAACAGAACAGAACACAUGUUGGUCAUUUCUGCCGUAUUAAGGCUCGGUUGAUGUUGAGGUCCAGGUGUAGUUUUAUGUCCUGAACCAGUUCUCUCAUCUCCGCCUCUCUCUGCUGCGUCUGACCUCAAACAUGUUUGGCUCCUGUUGGACAAGCUGUCAGCCUCAGCCUCUGGCACCAAGUGAUCUGGAUUUAUGAACGGACACACCAAGAGUUAUUUACUGCCGGUAAAAUAUUACCUGCUUAUAACCUUUCAACAGAACCUCAACUCAAAAAUCCCGAAGAUCUCUUUAAAACAAAAGGAUUCUGGGUAAAACUUUGGUGUUGGCACUGCUUCCUCAAUCACUCGAUGACUUUAAGGAGGUGAGAAUAUGUGAGGAAAGGUUUUACCACGUUUCAGAAAACGACCCUCUCGACGUAGAUGAAUGAAGGAUUUAUGGAGGUUCAGGUCUGCAGAGCUUCUUCUCCUGAUUAUUAAUUUCUCCUUAAACCAAACUGGACCCCAUCAGCAGCAGCAGAUGCAUGUGACAGAUAAAAGCUCUCCAUUCUGAGCACGUCUCCCGGCCGUUAUCACGAGGAGCCGGGCCCUUCUGGUUCAAAGGUUGGAUGGCACCUGUGCGUCAGCCUGUCUUCUGUCCUCCACCUCCAACCUGCUCCCCGUGGUUUUUAUUAUUGAAAUGUGACAGAAAUCUGCGGCAGCGCAGGAUUUUUUUCCAUGGCCUCCACCAUCUGCCGACAAAGGGACGCUUUUGUGAAUGGGUGCGUUCUUUGAAGUGGCUCUAGAUCCUGAUGUGCAAAUGAUCCUUUGAUCUGCAGGGGGGUGGUGGGGGGGACAAGGAGCGAGAAAAGAGUGGCCGCAUUUACAUGCACAUCAUAAAUAGAAUUAUAAUAUGAUUGAUUAAGCAAAAGACUGCAAUAAUCUACCACGCUGAAUAUUAAAAACUUUACACAGCUGCAAAUAUCUGCUGCAGAAACAAAUGCAUGGUUGCAGUUCAGAAAGACUACAUGUCUUUCUGAACUGCAGCACAGCACAAAAUGUUGCUUUCAAAGACCAGAUUCAAGUAAGGUUAAGGAAAAAAACAGUUUAAAUCAUGUUCUAUCAAUACAACUAUUUAUGUAGCAUCCUGUUACUGCACUUCUCUGUUUUUGAUUCAAAUUUCAUAUUUUUACCUGAAUCCAAACCAGGCAGUUCAUGUGAACUGUGCCUCAUAUCAAUCACUUUAGUUCAGAUUAAUGUUGCAGGGUUCAAAAUAGCUCAGAGGAGAAACAACAGAAAAUGUCGGGUCGUUGGUGAUUUUAUAUGAUGGGGGCAGAAGUGUUUGCAGUAAUAAAUAAAACGAUUUAUUUGGUUGAUGAAACUUGUUUAAGCUAAAGUGUGAGCUGUUCUGAUUCUCCGGCUGCCCAGUCUGGGCAACCUGAUUAAAUCCUCUGCAGCCAAGCAACAGGUCCUCGCUGAAACAGCGGCUCCUGAUUCUUUAUAGGGCUCUCACGUCACCUUAAAAACUCAUGUGCUGACAUUUUUUUCCACUUUAAUCAAGCCUUUUUAAAUCAGCACUCGUCGAGUACAACUUUCAAUGCUCAAUGCUUUGAGCGAUGUUGUUGGCAAAGAGGACAAAAGACAAGUUUAUCAAACUCAUGAAAACAUGUAAAAAAAAAAUGUAAAAAUGAAAAUAACCAGCCGUCGACGUAUGCAACCCGUCUUUAGCCGUAGUGCCUCUGUAUUAGCGGUGUGCAUGUAAACGUGUUAGUUAUCCAGAGCAUCGGUGUCACCGUGCGUACCAGCUGCAUGCUGUCCAACAUGUCACUGGUGACUGCAUGACAUGCUCAAAGUUUUCUGAAACCCUAAAGCCUUACUCUGUGUGCAUGUGGGAGAGCGAGAGAGGCGGUUUUGGUGCGUUUGAUCCGCACGAUUGUGUCCAGAGUCGUUCCCUUUCUAUGUGCAAAGUGGAGUAUUUUCCCUUUUUUUCUCGUAAAAUGCCUUUUGAAGCGAUACUUGCCGUACGUUGGAUUUGUACUGUAUUUGGACAGCCCACUGUUUACGUUUGUUACGUUUGAUAUGAUGACUACUUAUGCAGCGACGAGGGGAAAACUCGAGUCUCAGCUUUAACGGAGCCAUUUUUGGGGCGAGGGAGGCGGGAUGAAGCAGAGAAAGAAGACGACGGACAAUGCAAAAGCAGCACAGGAAACAUCAUUAGGUGCUCAAACGUCAACAGUAGCCCUCUCUCCCUUGCUGCUUUGCGUCUGAAGGAAUUGCAGCUAAGCGCAGCUCUGAGUGCUUUUGGAGAGGAGAGACAGAAAACGACCCACUGAUGCUUCUCGCACGCUCCCCAAAGCUGCUGUUAAAGGCUUUUCCCCCCCCACUACAUGGUGUCUGCUGCCCACUCGUAGCUCCCCUAUUGAUGUGAUCUAUAUUAAUUAGUGUACAGUGACGCCGUUGACUGUUUAUGAUGGUGCAGAUUUGGUGAAAUGUUAUAAUCUCUGCUGCACACUUUUGUUUUGAGCUUCUGGAAGCCUUGCCGUACUUUAGAGCCACGCUCUCAUUGUAACCGAACGAGAUUUCUUCUAGCAUGGCUGAACUUUCUGAGUUGUAGCCGCGCUCCACUUUAGUGACGUUCGAUUGUGCUUCUGUGAAUGUUCAGGUCAGACUUCGCUUCGGUCACCAAGAGUGAUCCUUAUAGCGAUGCACGUGACACAUGAUAGGUGUGUGUUGCUGAUUGUUUGAUGGUGUCCUACUUUUAAAGCUUCACAGUAGUGCCCUGUCAGUUUUCUCUUAUGUAGCUAAACACUUAAUAGAUAUUAGUCUAUAAGAAUGGAGAGUCCGAGUGUAUCUGCGUGAGUCGGCCGUGUUUGUGUGACAAACCGUCGCUAAUGACCCUUUGUACCCGGAGGAAACUUUAAAAGAAACAUUAAGCUUGAGUUUGGUUUUCAUUUAAUAGCUUAUAGGCAAUGCUGUGCCUUCCACACCAAUCCUGGUAAAGAUGUGUAAAAAGCCUCAUGAAGGCAAAACUUUUAUUGCACAACCUCAAACUGAAAUAUGUAGGAUAGUUUAACCUUUCAUUUGAGUCUAUUGUGACUCCAUUUUGACUCUAUAGGAGAAGUAAAAUGUUAAGAAAUAGUUUUUAAUUAAAACCUCCAUAAAAUCCUCUAUAAAAUAUGUAAUACAUUAACAUAACUGAAGAUAUUCUUUAAUGCAGACUCUUCUAGUUUAAGUUAAUCAGAGUCUCAGAAUUUACUUUUAAUUUCUUAACUUCCUGACUUCAAGGAGUAUAAAUAUGACUUGGAACCGAGGCCUAUUUCUUUUACAUCGUCUUCAAAACGGGAAAGACAAGGGAGCAUGCCGUUCAAGUAUGCCUGAUGUGUUUGGAUCGUCAAAAGGCAGAAGAUGGCUACAACCCCACACCGCCGCAGUCAGAGCGAUACCUAAAAAAGCUCAAAACACCUGGAGCUGUGACAAACACGCUGGACAGGACGCAGAGUUCAUGUCGCCACCCCAAACCCAGCUCUGGAUGUGUGAGGCUUUAAACAUGAAGACAAGGCUUCAUUAGUUUUCCUCGUGAUUACAUCAAACAAAAACCCAAAUCAUUAUUUUGUCACAAAUCUUGGGUUUUAUUCCUGAUCUUUACAACGACUGUGUUUUUCCAGAUAUUUUUUUCUCUAAUAAUGGGUUUAUUUAGCUGAUGAUUCCAGACUCCACUUUGAGGUUAUCUUGUUUCUUCACUUUUAUCCGACUGAUGUUGGAGGAGCGACGUCCCGAGAAGCCCACUUUAAAAUGUCCACUGCUGUCUUUCCCUGAACUGUUUAGGACGAUGAAUAUUGUUCUGAUGUAGCUCACUGGGCCACUGCGCCUGUUUUCUGGUUCACAUCCCCGUUCUGGACCCCUGCAGGCUCAUCUUCCUUCCAGCCUACUUCCAAUUCGUAACCAAGUCCUUACCCAUGGUGCAUCAGUUUAUUUCUCUUUAGAUAUUUUGAUGAGUUAUGGUGAUAAAUAAUCAUAGAAAGUCAACGCUUUGAUGCAUAGGCUAUUUAAUGGCAUAUUACCUUUUGAAGGUUUUAUUGUGGCACCUAUUUUGUUUGAUAAUGGCCCCAAUCCCGUUUGGGCCAAUAAAUAAGUACUGAUAUGAAAUCAUCACAGAGUUAGCUGGUGGAUAUCAUUCAUUUUGUCUAAGGUUUUUUUUGAGUACGUUGACCAGGACUGUAGAUUUGAAAUGGUGAAGAGCUGACAUGACCAGCACUGAAAGCCUUCACUUUUGUUUUAGAUACGAUCGAGUUAUAAAAUCAAGCGCCAAUUCAGCUUUUUGGGGAAAGCAAAGCACUGUUGGGAUUACCUUUUGCCCACUUUUUUAACCAUUACACCAAAUUUCUUCAAAUAUAGCUCCAAAGUCUCGCCUGAACUUCAGCCAGAGCAAAAGCCAAGGAAGUAAAAGUUUGCAGUUUUACAUUUCUACAAGGAGUUUUGAAACAAAAACAGCACUGUGUCCUUUUAUGCUUGCACUGUUCUGCACCAGUAGUAACAAACAGACAGCGCUCAGUCGACACGUAGGGGUUUAGUCACGAGUCAGUGAGAGAGUAACCAGGAGGUGUGGCGUUCAAAUAAGUCGUCAAACCUGAAGACACGGAAUAAGAAACGUGGCUUUUCCACUCAGUUUCCUCAGACGGCGGAGUCCACAGCUCU